AUGGGAGCCUCCUCUGUCUGGACCUCCGGGCUCCUGCUGCUGCCUCUGCUGCUGCUGCUGGUGGCUGGAGACCAGGGUCCCCCUGCUGGGAAGAGGCCUUGGCCCUUGAGCUCCACCCCCUCCAGCAUUCCAACCCCCAGCAAGAGCCCGGACCUGAACCUGGAUGGAGCUGAGGCCCCCAUGGCGGAGCCGGCCACCCCCAGCCUGCCCUGGUGGUCCUCCGAGCCCACGGCCUGGGUGUCCAGCUCCCCGGAGGACCCCAGCACAGCUCUGGGGGAGGCGUCCGGUGCAGUCAGUCCUCUGGAUCUCCCCAUAGCAGCCAUGCUGCGGGCCCCCCACGCGUGGCCACAGCCUUCAUCUCCAGCUGUCCCCUCCGUGGCCGCCAAAGCCACUGGGGUGGAGGGCCAGGGCCAGGCUGCGAGCAUCGCCCCCGCCACCCCGGCCUCGGCCACCCCCCCAGACCUGGCAGAACAUGGAGGGGGCACCUCAGCCACAACAGGCAGCCACCACCAAGCAGAAGACCAGAGCACGGAUCCCCCCGCGCCCGGUCUGGGCGAAGCUGGGGGCCCCGGCUCUCCUCAGCCCGGCCAAGCUGAGCACCCCAGCGCCGGCCCGAGGCCUUCCGAGGCGUGGAACGCAGCGGAUCUCAUCUCCACCGAGGACACCCCAGAUGCGGAGGCCGGGGUCCCACCCACAGCAGAGCACCCCACUUCCGGCCUGCAGGGCAGUGAGGCGCUCAAGCUUGGAGCCCAGCUGGACACCAGCACCCUGUCCACACCCUCGGGGGGCACCAGGGUCCCCUCCAGCCUGCACCCUUGGGGGGCUUUGUAUGGCCACUCUCCUGGGGGUCCCCUAGGGUCUCUGGUGACGCCGAACCCCAUUGGACUUGGGGGGACAUGGGAGCCUGGAUCCCACAUGCUGGGGGGGCUGGGGCCCGUGGAUACGAGCGCGGAGACACCCCCCACAUCGCCGGACCUGGGGGCCGGGGUCAGCGUCCCAGAUCCUCCCCCGCCAGCAUCCACCGGCGUCCAGCCCCACCCCGGGACAGAGGCCCAGGGGUUGACCCGGGGGGCCCUGGGACCUCCAUCGCCUCCCCCCGGGACGGCCACCGUGGACGAGCCUGCCUCCGCGGCCUCCGGGGAGUCUGCAGGCCCGUGGGGCGCGUCCAGCACCCUGCUGCCUGUGUCCCCCGGCGCGGAGGCCGAGCUGGAGCUGGCGGCCGGGGGUCCAGGCCUGGAGGGCUUCUGGGAGGAGGCAGCAAGCGGCGAGGAGCCGGCAGAAGAGGGGUCCCACGCACAGGAAGCCCCGACGGACCCCUGUGAGAACAACCCUUGCCUGCACGGGGGAAGCUGCAGCGCCAAUAGCUCCACCUACGGCUGCAGCUGCGCGCAGGGCUUCGCGGGGGAGAACUGUGAGAUCGACACCGAGGGCUGCGACCGGGGCUGGCACAAGUUCCAGGGCCACUGCUACCGAUACUUUGCGCACCGCCGGGCCUGGGAGGACGCGGAGCGGGACUGCCGCCGCCGCGCGGGGCACCUGGCCAGCGUGCACUCGGCCGGGGAGCACCGCUUCAUUAACAGCUUCGGGCAGGAAAACAUGUGGAUCGGACUCAAUGACAGGAUCGUGGAGCGGGACUUCCAGUGGACAGACAACACUGGGCUGCAAUACGAGAACUGGCGUGAGAACCAGCCCGACAAUUUCUUCGCGGGUGGGGAGGACUGCGUGGUGAUGGUGGCCCACGAGAGCGGCCACUGGAGUGACGUGCCCUGCAACUACAACCUGCCCUACGUCUGCAAGAAGGGCACAGGAUGA